ACCAAAAGCGGUAACCCCGAGCUACACUCGGGCUUACCCUGCGGCGUUGCUCAGGGAGUCCCUGCAGCACUUACCUUGUACUUCGCUCCCACGAUGUAUCCCCUGCAGCGUCCCCGGCCAUCUCCUCCGGCAUCCGGCUUCCGUGUUCCGGUCCCUGUGACGUCGGGAAGUACGGGCGCCGGAACCGGCAGCAAAUUUGAAAUUUUUAAAAAAUGUCAUUUUUUUUAAAAUGACUAUUACAUAUGCUUUGUCCUGUGCCCUGCCUGCAUUUUGACUGUUCUUUCUG